AUGUCUGGGAUUUCCAAGACCGAAGAUUCGGCCUCCCAGCACCACACCGACGAGGCCGAUGUCGAGAUGACGAAGAAUUCGCCUGUCCAGGGGAAGGGCGGCGACCUUGCAGCCAGGCUCAUUGGCGACCAGCAGAUUGAGCUCACAGAAGAAGAUAAUAAACGCAUUCGCCGCAAGACGGACAAGCAUAUCCUCUCGGUGCUCGUUUGGGUCUACUUCCUCCAGAUUUUGGAUAAAUCAGUGCUUGGAUAUGGCGCCGUCUGGGGUCUGCGCGAGGACUGUAACCUGAGCGGCAACGAGUAUUCCAAGGUCAGCUCCAUCUCGGCCAUCGCCCAGCUCGUCUGGCUGCCCUUCGCCUCGUGGCUCAUGGUCAAGGUGCCGCACCGCAUCCUCAUGCCGGCGCUCGUGCUGGGGUGGGGCACGGCGCAGACAUGCAUGGCCGCCUGCAACAAUUAUGCCGGCCUGCUCGCCACGCGGUUCCUGCUGGGUCUCUUCGAAACCGCCUGCCUGCCGCUGUUCUCCGUCAUCACGUCCCAGUGGUACCGGCGCGCCGAGCAGCCGAUGCGAGUCAACGGCGCCAUCGCGUCCUGGCGGAUCCUCUUCCUCUUCGUCGGCCUCGUCACCGUGCUCACGGCUCCCGUCGUGUACUGGAUCAUGGACAACGACGUGGCGUCGGCCCGUUUCUUGACGGCGCAGGAGAAGCUCCAGGCCAUCGAGCGGCUGCGGGCCAACCAGACGGGGACGGGGAGCCGCGACUUCAAGUGGGCGCAGGCGUUCGAGGCGCUGGUCGAGCCCAAGACGUGGCUCUUCGUCGGCAUGGCGCUCUGCCUCAACGUCACCGCCAUGGUCACCAACACGUUCGGGCCCAUCAUCGUCGGCGGCUUCGGCUUCGACCCGACCGUCACGUCGCUCCUCAACAUCCCCUUCGGCGCCGUCCAGCUGCUCGUCAUCUUCCCGUCGUCCUACCUCGCCCACCGCUUCCGCAUCAAGUCGGUCUUCCUCGAGGCCAUCCUGAUGCCGGUCCUCGCGGGCGCCAUCAUGCUCUACCUGCUGGGCCGCAGCUCCAUCCCGCCCCUGCUGGCCGCCUACUACAUGCUCGCGUUCCUGUUCGGCGGCAACCCCCUCAUCGUGUCGUGGAUGAUCUCCAACAUCGGCGGCGCCACCAAGAAGUCGGUCAUCAUGUCCCUGUACAACAUCGGCGCGUCGGCCGGCAACAUCGUCGGCCCCUUGCUGUUCAACUCCAACGACGCGCCGUAUUACAAGCCCGGGUUGGAGAAGACCAUGGGCAUCACGUGCGCGCUCAUCGCCAUCGUCGGCUUGCAGGUCGUCUGCCUCUUUUACCUGAACAAGAGGCAGGAGCGCAGGCGCGUCAAGAACGGCAAGCCGGCCAAGCUCCGCGAUCUCAGCAUGGAGCACCGCUAUACCAGCGGCAGGGAGGACGGGGAGACGGGCGCUCCUUUGGGCGAGAACGCUUUCAAGGAUCUGACCGACUCGAAGAAUGACGAGUUUGUGUACGUGUAUUAG